AUGAGCGUUAGCUCAAAUACCAGGGCCAAAAAAAGCAAGGACAACUCAAUCCUGAAGCCAAACGUUAUUGGCGAAGUUAAAUUUAACUCAACAAUGAAAAAGGCAAAACCAGACAAGAAAAGCAACAACAAGAGAAAUAAUAUGCCAAUGGAAGAAGCAAAUGCUGAAGCUUCAGGAAGUAAGAUAAACCCACAGAUAGUAAUAUUAACAAAUGAAAAAAUAAUAGAAGAUAACGUCAAUACAAACACAGAAGUUAUGGAAGAAAUCGAAAGCAGAAAUAACGAAUUACAAGAAGAUAUUAUAAAUGGGGAAGAAAAUAACAACCAAGGUGAAAAAGUAGAAAAGGUUAGAAAAAUUUUAAAAAAAGAAACAGCAGUUGUCCUGGUAAAAACUGAAGUUUUCAAAGACAAUAGAAUGAUUUCUGCAUUAUACGAUAAUGAAGAAAAAAUGGAAAAGGGCAAGUAA